AUGGGUAGUCCGGAGUAUAAGCUGAGCGCAGUCCUUGCGGGGCACACCAGUGAUGUUCGGGCAGUACUCUUCCCAGACCCGUCAUUAGCAGUCACUGCCUCGAGAGACGGUACUACGCGAAUAUGGAAGCGUACCAGCACAUCUCCUCCAACAUAUGAUCCCUCCGAAUCUUCCCACGGCGCACAAUUCAAAACAUGUCUCGCAUACGUACCAGGAAGUAAGGAGUACCCCGAAGGGCUAAUCAUCUCCUCGGGUCAAGAUGCGCUCAUCGAGCGCGCCAGCCCUCGACAAGGCGACUGGUUCGUCAGUGGGAGUUGGGACAGCUCCGCGCGAGUCUGGCAGAUUGGCCGAUGGGAAACAGAUGUCGAGCUGCAAGGACAUAGCGCCACCGUCUGGGCAGUGCUUGCAUACGAUCGAGAUACGGUCAUUACUGGUUGCGCCGACAAGGGCAUAAGGAUAUUUGACGGUCGAGGCAAGCAGAAACACGGUUUCGAUGGCAAGGAUGUCGUGAGAGCUCUCGCUGCACUACCACAGGGCCACCCGUCAGGUGCACACUUCGCGUCUGCAUCCAACGAUGGCUGCAUCCGGCUAUGGACUCUGAAAGGUGACUUAGUUGCUGAACUUUGGGGUCAUGAAGCUUUCAUCUAUUCGCUUGCUGUCUCAAGUGAUGGAGAAAUUAUCAGCGCUGGCGAAGACCGAACAGUCAGAGUAUGGCGAGGGCAAGAAUGCGUACAGGUCAUCACUCUGCCAGCAAUCUCCGUCUGGGCUGUUGCUGUUGGCACGAACGGCGACAUAAUCACCGGAUCCAGCGACAAGAUAGCGCGAAUCUUCUCCCGAGAUCCAUCGCGACAAGCAGAUCCAUCCGUUCUUGCCGAGUUUGAACAGUCGUUGCAGUCCUCUGCUGUUCCAAAACAAGCCAUGAACAACGAUCUAAACAUGCAGGAUAUGCCGGGACCAGAUUUCCUCACCCAGAAGUCAGGUACGAAAGAAGGGCAGAACCAAAUAAUAAAAGAAGACGACGGCAGUGCAACAUUAUACCAAUGGUCAAUGUCUCAGCAGACUUGGAUCAAGAUCGGUACCGUCGUCGAUUCGGCGGGCUCCAGCGACAAGAAAGAGUACAAUGGUCGACAGUACGAUUACGUCUUCGACAUCGACAUCGAGGACGGGAAACCACCUCUAAAGCUACCCUACAAUGUCACGCAAAAUCCUUACGAAGCAGCCACGAAGUUCCUCCAAGACAACGAAUUACCCAUGACAUAUCUCGAUGAGACCUCUAAUUUUAUUAUCAAGAACUCGCAAGGCGCGACGAUCGGUCAGUCGUCACAAGCGCCAGUUGGCGCAGAUCCCUGGGGCUCCGAAAAUCGAUAUCGUCCAGGCGAGGUGCCUCAGUCAAAUUAUCAGCCACGGAUUCAACCGUCUGCCGUCGCAAAGCAGGUACUGCCACAGAAGCAGUACCUCCCAAUCGCACUCGGCAAGUCAUCGGCCGCUUUGGGACAGAUCACGAAGCGCAACGCAGAAUAUGCUGGCUCCGACCUGGCGCUCAGUCCUGCGCAACUCGAGACACUUUCCAUGGUGGCGCAACAGCUCGAUCAGCGAAAGUCCGGUGAUGCUCCAAACCUUUCAUCAGAAAGCGUCGAAAGCGUGCUACCAUCGCUAAUCACAGCAGCAACGAAGUGGACGCCAGCAAGCAAUCGUCUCGCCGCACUGGACUUACUACGUUUCCUCGCGGCCGCACUCAAGACAUGGCCCGCUACAGACAGCGAAGACGUCGUAGCGGCCAUCCUCAACAGCCGGAUCUUCGAGCCCUCACAAAUCCAAGCUAACAGCAAGCUGAUCAUGAUUGCAGCCCGCUUGUUCUCGAACCUCCUGUACGGCUCAGGCAAACACCUGAUCGAGAAACACUUGAGCGCCAUCAUCGAGGCACUCAAAGCCCCUUCGAACCUCGCGCAGACUGACAGCGGCGUCGCUGUCGCCUACGCGACAUUCGCACUCAACGCGUCAGUCUAUCUCACGAGCAGCAAGCUAGACGACGACGUCGCUGCGACGUGGGCAUUUGAGCUAUUGGAGCAGCUCGUGCCGUUCUUGGCCUCGGUGCCCACGGUCGAUCACACUGCCGGCAGCGAUCCAAAUGCGCAGACGACGGAGCCGGCGUAUCGCGCGCUGGUGGCGUUGGGAACGAUUCUGGUCGGGUUGAAGCAUUCAGCGGUGAAGGAGGCGGGGAGCGCGAUGGAUGUGGGCAGGGUGCUCGAUCAAUUGCAGGAGCGGAAGUAUCUGGAGGAGCCGAGGUUUCAGGGUGUGGUGAAGCAGUUGCGGGGUGUGCUGUGA